AUGAGAGUCGUCAUCCAGAAAGUCAAGCGUGCCUCUGUCACCGUCGAUGAUGUCAUCGUCUCGUCCAUAAACCGUGGCCUCAUGAUUCUUGUAGGUGUGUCUACGUCAGAUACCUCGGACGAUGUGUCCAGAUUGGUCAAAAAGAUCUCGACACUUCGACUUUUCGAAGAUUUCUCCAAUCCUCCGCCUGAACAGUCAAAAUGGGACGGCAAGCCAUGGAGCAGCAGUUUGGCAGCAGACAAGGAGCUCAGUGUUUUGUCUGUUUCUCAGUUUACGCUCUAUGGAACCAUCAAAAAGGGAACAAAGCCAGACUUCCACAAGGCAGCCAAGGGUCCAGAUGCCAUUCAUUUGUAUCAGGACUUUUUGGCAGGAUUGAGAAAAGAGUUGGGCUCAGACGAUAGAGUCCAGGAUGGCCGGUUUGGAGAGAAAAUGGAGGUGGACUUGGUCAAUGAUGGUCCUGUCACUAUCGUAUGGGACACUCGUGACAGCACUCUUUGA